AUGACUGCUUUUGUCGCCGCCUACACGCUCACUUGUGUCAUCCUCUUGUUCACACAAUGCAGGCCACUCAACGCCUACUGGGACAAAGACGUCGAAAUUCACUGCGUCGACAUGCACGCCAACAUGAUCACUAUCGGCGCAAUCAAUACCGCAACCGACUUCAUAAUCUAUCUGUGGCCUGCGCGCUACCUCUGGCGCAUACAACUCCCCCUUAAACAGCGCCUCGGUCUUGUGUUCGUCUUCACUUGUGGACUGGUUGUCUGCGUCGCAGGGGUCUUCCGCAUGGUCUACCUGCAGCGCUACUUCACAAACAUCGAUCUUCUUUGGGACGCGGCGCUCACGACCUCGCUCGGUAUCGUCGAAGUAAACAUCGGUAUCGUCUGCGGUUGCCUUCCAUGCGUCAAGCCACUCCUCGUCAAAUUCCUACCUACUCUAUUCGGUUCCAGUCAGCGCUCGCGGACAGCACGCUCGGGUCCGACAGGAGGCCAAUCGUACCAAUUCAACGAUAUGUCGGGGCGUCAUGCGGAUAAAGCUGGGUCGACGUCUGGACUAAGAGAAGAAAGAAUCGAAGAAAUUAUAGCGGAUUCGGAGAGCGAUGGCUCAAGCACACAUUCUUCGCAAAAGCCUGUGCUGGAGUACAAGGGGCGAGGUCUAGCGGAGCCUGGGAGACGGGACUUGAACGCUUUGCCCAAGCAUGGGAUUGUGGUGGAUCGGACGGUCACUGUGGAGAGAAGUUGGGUUGACGAUGCUUCAUAA